UAGCAUGUUGGGCGAAAUAACUCGAGGGGCUCAAAUACAUAUAACACGUCUAAGAACGAGUGGUUGCAAGUAACUAGCCGGCAGUAAACCCUAGAGAUCAUCGUGCCAUUAUUUCUGUGGGUUGGUCCGGAAGAAAACCCCUUUUCUUAUCUUACAGUAUUAUUCAGAUCAUCAUACCAUCCAAAACCAACGUUGAUUCCUUGUAACCAAUAAUAAUGGCACUGAUCUUGUAUUCAGGUAAAACCAACAAGAAUGCUUUCAAGACAUUUAUUGCUGCAGAAUAUGCUGGCGUUCAAGUUAAAUGGGCUGAUAAUUUUGAGAUGGGUGUGUCAAAUAAAACCCCUGAAUUUCUUACGAUGAACCCUAUUGGAAAGGUUCCUGUUCUGGAGACUCCUGAUGGGCCUGUGUUUGAGAGUAAUGCCAUUGCUCGCUAUGUUGCCCGCUUAAAGAAUGAUAAUGCUCUCUUUGGAUCUUCAUCAAUAGAAUAUGGCCAAGUUGAGCAAUGGAUUGAUUUUGCUUCAUUGGAGAUUGAUGCAAAUUUGUUGGCAUGGAUAAGGCCAAGAUUUGGUUAUGGCAACUAUAUUGCUCCGGUCGAGGAGGCAUCCAUUGCUGCAUUGAAGAGAGCACUUGGUGCCUUAAACACAUACUUGGCUGCACACACUUACUUGGUUGGGCAUGGUGUGACCUUGGCUGACAUUGUCAUGACAUGUAACUUGUACCUAGGCUUCAAGGCAUUGAUGACCAAAACCUUCACAUCAGAGUUUCCUCACGUUGAGAGGUACUUUUGGACCAUGAUCAAUCAACCAAACUUUAUUAAGAUCAUUGGUGAGGUGAAACAGGCAGAAACUGUUCCUCCUAUUACUACUGGAAAGAAACCAUCUAAACCAAAGGAGGCUAAGCCAAAGGCUGAGCCUAAAAAAGAAGAAACGAAAGAAGCACCUAAGCCCAAAGCUGUAGUUGCUGGAGAGGAAGAGGAAGCUCUAAAGCCCAAGCCAAAGAACCCACUAGAUCUGUUGCCACCAAGUAAGAUGAUAUUGGAUGACUGGAAGAGACUAUACUCCAACACUAAGACCAACUUUCGUGAGGUUGCAAUUAAAGGUUUUUGGGAGAUGUUUGAUCCAGAGGGCUACUCUCUUUGGUUUUGCAAUUAUAAAUACAAUAAUGAAAAUACUGUGUCAUUCGUCACCAUGAACAAGGUUGGUGGUUUCCUUCAAAGAAUGGAUUUAGCAAGGAAAUAUGCUUUUGGAAAGAUGCUGGUUGUUGGAUACGAGCCUCCAUACAAGGUUAAGGGCUUGUGGCUAUUCCGUGGUCCAGAAAUCCCCAAGUUUGUCAUGGACGAGUGCUAUGACAUGGAGCUUUAUGAGUGGACAAAGGUGAAUCUUUCGGAUGAAGCACAAAAGGAGCGUGUGAAUCAGAUGAUUGAAGAUUAUGAGCCUUUUGAGGGAGGGGGUAUUCUGGAUGCCAAAUGCUUCAAGUGAGAUCUAUUCACUUUAAUGGAUGAGCACUAGUCUAUCAUCAGUUCAUCACCAACAUCACCCGCUAUUAAAUAUCAUACAUCUUUUAGUCAUAGUUUUGUUCCGGUCUUUUUUUCCGUUCUAAUAUCAAAGAUCUAGUGGUUGACCUUUGUUAAUCAUGAGCUUCUUGUGGAAUCUAGUUGAUCCUUACCAUCCAA